CACAUCAAAACACCCGGUGUCCUUGCAGUUAUGCUACUCGUGUUCUACGUUGUGACCGGUUUCUUGGAUGCCAUUGGUCUUCACGUUGUCUCAAACUUCUUCCUCGUUCCCUUUUGGCUCCUUUUCGUCACGCUUUUGACCUGGAUGGGUGUACGGUUUAGUGGACAUGCUACACAAGUCGGCGAGACAAUUGACGAUGGUGCGCAACUUCUCGUGGACUAUGCCUCUACAAUCUUUGCGGCAGACGAGGAAAUCAAGGAAGGCCAGUUGGCUGUUUUCUUCCUCAUUCAUCGUAAAUCGUAUGACCGGGAAGACGAUGUUGAGAUGUUCUUUGAACGGGAGCACAUGAUCAUGUUCGAUGACGACGAAGGUAUCAUCCACAUACCACGUCCAAAAAAUUCCAGAUGCAGCUUAUAA